UGCAAUCACACGUGGAUCCCUGAAUGUGGGGCUGAGGAUGAGGAACCCUCUAGACGGAGGUUAUUCACUGAUGAAUGUGAUAUGUAUGAGUAUAACUGUGAUUACGAAAGAGAUUUCGAACCCAUAAAUUAUUCGGAUUGCUUCAAUAUUCGGGUAACGUGUCCUAUACCCGAACCUUGUCCAUCGAUACCACCGUGCCCCAAUCACAGACUGCACAAAGUAGGCAACAAAUACAAAUAUGUCAAAGCACCGUUUAGAAGAGCAGAGCGUCGAAUAAGAACAACUAACGUGCCCUUGCCAAGACACAUGCUCAGUGGAAAAAGACGGUACACACCAACCAGACAUACACAUACACCCUCAAGACCAAAAACUGCCAAGAAGACAGUAUCCAGAACCAAAGCUUCCUUUACAACGGUUAUUUUGAAAAAGGAAGAGGUUAUAAAGAACGGCCGACGCAUGAUGAAGAUUGUGAAACAAGUCAUAAAAAAGAUGACACUUAAAAAAGUAACCCGGGAAUAUUCAAGAGACUCCGAUUUUCUGGAGUAA